AUGACAAACGAUCGGCGAAACCGUUCCGAAGUCUCAGAUUCAAACCCUGCACGAGCCAGUGACCACCCCAGUUCCUCACAAGCCAAGAAUCGGGUCGCUUGCCAGAGAUGUUUUCGGCGGAAGCAAAAGUGUGACAGGAUACGUCCAGCCUGCACAUCAUGUGCUGCUCAAGGAGUGGAGUGCAUUGCGCGCUCUCAGCAAUUCGACUUCGAUUCUGAAGAGACUGGUCUUACCCCUGCUAGAGUUAAUGGUUAUGUCGAGUCUCUGAAACGUCGCGUGGCUGAACUCGAGCAAAAGGUCAAAGCAGCUGAAAUAUCCCAUCUUCAGACUCGACGAUCCUUCAAUUCAGAUACUGCUCUACCCAUCAAUGGAAAAAGACGUCGUUCAACUGAAGGCUAUGUGCCAGUGGUCAACGCGGAAACCGAUAAUACUUUGCCAAAUGGCGAGGAUCAGUCAACUGUGGAGGAUACAAUGAGUGCUAUCGGUUUGCUGUCUAAUCGGGCAAUGGCUGAAUCGCGUGCUCACAUUGGCAACGAGCCCCAUAAACUUUCAAUGAUUGAGUCUAUCUCGGCAGCUCUGGCUGUAGAUGGUCAAGAUCCGUCCAAGGCCUCAGCCUCGUCUUCCCACCAUAUCUCCCUCGAUGAUGAUCGACCCAUCGUACUAACACCUGAUCUUACAUCGAUCUACAUCCAACGAUUUAUCGACUGGAUUGUAUGGCUUCCGCACAUAGAUGAGAGCCGUUUGAUGGAGCAAUAUCAUGCAGUCGUUGACUCCGAUGGCACAGACCAACCUUUGCUCCAUCGCUUCAACACAUAUCUAGCUGUUGCGAUUGGCAUCAGCAUGUCAGCAGAAAAAGGUCGCUUGACUGCACUGGCCACAAAUCUCCACAGUGCAGCUGUCAAACUACUGCCAUCAAUUUUACAUUCCCAAGAGCCAUUCGAUACAUUACAUUGUAUGUUACUACUGGCUGUAUUUUCCUUGUUCAAUCCCUCCGGGGGCUCUACUUGGCAUCUGAUGGGAUUCAUAUGGACAAACUGCCUAGCUGCUGGCUUACAUAAAACUGCUAUCCCGCAAAGUCGGCUUGGGCCAGACACUGCCUACCGAAGUGAUUGGGUCUUUUGGACAGUCUACCUGCUUGAUCGCUCUUUGGCAUCUUCCAUGGGCAGACCUUUUGGUAUUACAGAUGAAGACAUCUCGGUUUCUAUUCCCGAUGUCCCAAUUGACAAUGAACUAGAAUUAUCAGCGACGGUGAUAAGAAAGCUUACAUAUAGUCGGCACCUUGUAAUUCACGCGCAGCUUGUAUCAGACAUCUGCGGAAGCCGACAGACCAGUCCGAUAUUCUCGUACGGUAAUCUUUGUUUCUGGAGAGAGUUUCCACCACCGACGAAUGAUACUGUCUCGCCACGUGGUCAACUCGAUUGUUUGGAUCAGCUAUCUUGUCGGGCAAUGAUUCUGAUAGUCAAUCCUCCUUCCGGCACUGGAACCGACUCGCUACUUGCUUUCGGAGAGUCUCCGGAGAUCAAGACUGACGCCAUCAAUUCUUGCAAGAGUUUCAUUGAAAAACUAUACACGGCAUCGUUCUUGGACGCCUACACAAUUUUAGCAGCUGCUGUUGUGUAUUUGUGUCUUGUUAAUUCGGAUGGGGUGUCCUCUGCACAAGGGUUCGCGCAGACAUUUGAAGUGGUCAGCAAAGCCUCUGUUUUGCUAACCCAGUGCUCGACAAGGUUUAUCGCCAUCAGCGUAUUCCAGCAGUUCCUGUUGUCACUUUCAACCAAGAUCAUGGAGGGACCGGCUAGUGUGCAGGCAAAUAUUCCCGCGAGAAUAUCUGGGGUUUAUGCCGCCAGAGAUCCCCAUCCACCUUCGGUCUUUGGUUCAGAGCUACGCUUCUUUGAGUCCUCGGACCAGUUGAUCAGUCAUUUGCCUUGA